GACGCCCCGCAGAGACGGAAGCAGCCGGUGCCGGGGCGACGGCGGGGCAGCGGGAGCCGCCUGGGAUGUUCCACAGUCAUGAAACGAGUGCGCACGGAGCAGGUUCAGGUGGCGGUAUCCUGCUACCUCAAACGUCGGCAGUACAUGGAUUCGGAAGGCCCCCUGAAGCAAGGCUUGAGGCUGUCACAGACCCCUGAGGAGAUGGCAGCCAACCUCGCAGUCCAUUCAGAAUCUGGUUGUACCAACUCAGUGUCUGCAGCCCCUUGCCAGGCAGAACCUCAGCAAUAUGAAGUACAGUUUGGACGACUGCGGAGCUUCCUCACUGAUUCGGAUUCCCAGCACAGCCAUGAAGUGAUGCCUCUCCUCUACCCCCUCUUUGUCUACCUCCACCUUAAUCUGGUUCAGAGUGGCCCCAAGAGCACAGUGGAAAGCUUCUAUAGCCGCUUCCACGGGAUGUUCCUGCAGAACGCCAGCCAGAAGGACAUCAUCGAGCAGCUGCAGACCACACAGACCAUUCAGGACAUUCUGUCAAACUUCCAGCUUCGUGCGUUCCUGGACAAUAAGUACGUGGUCCGUCUCCAGGAAGACAGCUACAACUACCUUAUCCGCUACCUCCAAAGUGAUAACAACACUGCCCUGUGCAAGGUCCUCGCUGUACACAUUCACCUGGACGUGCAGCCUGCCAAGAGGACAGACUACCAGCUCUACACCAGUGGCAGCUCUUCCCGCAAUGAAAGCAGCAGCCUGGAGCCCCCAGAUGUGCCCAGCCCUAUUCUUCAGAACGAGGCCGCCCUGGAAGUCUUGCAGGAGAGCAUCAAACGUGUCAAGGACGGGCCUCCCUCCCUCACCACCAUCUGCUUCUAUGCCUUCUAUAACACGGAGCAGCUGCUGAACACUGCUGAGAUCUCCCCUGACAGCAAGCUGCUGGCUGCUGGGUUUGACAACUCCUGCAUAAAGCUCUGGAGCUUGCGGUCCAAGAAGCUGAAGUCAGAGCCCCACCACGUGGAUGCAUCCCGCAUCCGCCUGGCUUGUGACACUCUGGAGGAGGAGGAGGAUGAGGAAGACAGCAUGGGCACAGAGAUGAAGAUCUUGCGAGGUCACUGCGGCCCAGUGUACAGCACCCGUUUCCUCGCAGACAGCUCAGGGCUGCUUUCUUGUUCUGAAGACAUGUCCAUCAGGUAUUGGGACCUGGGGAGCUUCACUAACACGGUGCUGUACCAAGGACACGCUUACCCAGUGUGGGACGUGGACAUUAGCCCCUACAGCCUGUACUUCGCCAGUGGGUCCCAUGACCGCACUGCCAGGCUGUGGUCCUUCGAUCGGACGUAUCCACUGAGGAUAUAUGCAGGGCACCUGGCGGAUGUGGAUUGUGUCAAAUUCCACCCCAAUUCAAAUUACUUGGCCACUGGCUCCACUGACAAGACCGUCAGGCUGUGGAGUGCCCAGCAGGGGAACUCAGUCCGGCUCUUCACAGGCCACCGUGGCCCUGUGCUCUCCCUCGCCUUUUCUCCCAAUGGUAAGUACUUAGCAUCUGCUGGUGAGGAUCAGCGGUUGAAGCUGUGGGAUUUGGCCUCAGGAACCCUUUUUAAAGAACUGAGAGGCCACACAGACAGCAUCACCAGCCUGGCCUUCAGCCCGGACAGCGGCCUGGUUGCCUCAGCUUCCAUGGACAACUCUGUGCGUGUCUGGGACAUCAGGAGCACGGGCUGCAGUGCCCCUGCAGAUGGCUCUUCAGGCGAACUUGUGGGUGUGUACACUGGGCAGAUGAGCAACGUCCUAAGUGUGCAGUUUAUGGCCUGCAACCUCCUCCUCGUGACUGGGAUCACACAAGAGAAUCAGGAACAUUGAUUUUUUUUUUUAAAUCCAGGUGGCAAACUGGGUGGGGCUAGAAGUGUCUAGCUGCAACCCAGACUUGCUGAAACUGAAUCAGUGAUUGCAAAAGAGCCUCCCCUCUCUCCCUACUCGCUUUACACAGCCCUGGUGCACAGGAUUCCAGGCGAGAGUCAGGAUUCUCCCAGGCUCGCUCCAAGUUCUCCAAGAACCUGCCUAGCCUCCCAGCCUUGUGUAAGCACCUUCCUUUCUGCAUCUGUCUCCUCCCACCAGGCUGGCUGGAGCAGUUGCAGAAUGCUCCCUGGAGCAGCCUUGAAUGAUGUCACCUGUAGGACAACCCCUUGAGUGAGGGAUGCAAGGAUGGGAACUAGGAAAGGAAGGGUGGUCUGGCAGCCUUUCCUUUUCCAUAAUGACAGAGAACCAGGAUUUUUUAAUUAAUAUUAUUAUAAUUAUUAUUAUUAUUAUUGAGAAGAGGAAUCCUAGCACUGGCAGAGGUAUGUCUCUGCUUUUAUCUUUCAGGUUUGACUCCUGGCACUGGCUGUGAUACUUGGAAUUUGAGGUUCAGGGAAUUUAGACUUCAGUAGCCCAGUGUAAAAAAGAGACGUCUUGGUGCAGGUUAAGCCUACCAGAUAAUGUGAGCCUGAAAGCAGGCAGGUGUGUUGACUGAGUUUGGGGCUCUUACAGUGAUGGUAGGAAAGAAAGAUUCUUUCUUGACUACACUUCCAAUGGUAAUUCUCUCCCCUGGAGAGAAGGAUUAUGGUGGGCAAGGAGUGACCCUCAGUGGGAGAGCACUUGCCUCACCUGCACUGCAUCCUGGGUUCCAUCCCUAGCACGUGCACGCGUGAACACACACUCACAUGAAAAAAAUUAUGGUAAAAUUGAUUUGGAGCCA